AUGCUGUUCUCUGUAGCAAAGACAGAGUUCCAAAAGCUAUGUUGCCCAGCUUGUGCCAAGCUUCAGGACAUCUCUUCUGGGCUGGAGCGCAACUUGGAAUGGAAGGAGGAGGAUCCAGUUGUCAUGAUUCAUGUAGGCUUGGCCAGGAAAGAAUUUCUGCUGGGAAAUAAUGAGCAGUUCAGGGCUAAUUUAAAAUGCAAAACCACAAAGUUUUCAGCUACGUUCAACCCAAAGGAAUUGAACAGAGUGUCACUGCCUCCGAAGGACCAUGAAGUGAAGCUAAUAGAUAAACCUGGAGGAAGCAACAAUGAGCUUGCUGCCUUCUGCAACUUGUUAAAUGCGUUAAGAGCUAAAUACCCAAGUUCAGAGAUGCAGGCUGACAGCGGUCUGAUCAGGAGUGUUGUCACAGUUCUUCCCAACGAGCUUUUCUGGAUCUGGCGUAUUCCUGUAACGAUUGUGACAGACAUUGUUCCAGAGCCAAUUCAAAUAUCCAUGCAUGGGAGUCAUGAGUGCCUACGGCAUUAUCUAAAACUUGGCAUUGACAUCAAGCUUCAGCUACUUAGACACAGUGAUCUUCAACGGAUGUUAGCUCGAACCGUGGGAGAUGACCAAAAUCCACUCACUCUUCAUCAAAUUGAACCCAAAGAAAAUGGUGCAUGUCAAGUGAGCCUGUCUAGGAAAGCCCUGAGUUCAAAGCUCAAUGGCUAUUACCGUGAGGCAGACAGUCUAUUAACCAAUCAGAAAAGCACACGUCGUCUGGUUGAGGCGGUUAAAGCCAUUUGUUAUAUGCUUUCAUCAGUGGAGACAAAGGAAAUAACUAACGCCAUUCAACAGCUGCAGUUGGUUGCUCUACGGCAGCAAGAGACUUCAGUUCAUACAGUUCAACUGCAGAACCAACAAGGUUCACUAGUGAGAGCAGUCAAUGAAUUAACUGCUGCAGUCUCACAGCUUGUAAACAUCUACUGUGACAACUUUAACACUGAUUAUCAAGUUGCCCAUGUUGGUGCCAUCGAAACUGUAUCUGCAGUAAAGGCACACCUAAGCACCACACCUUUGAACUUCAACAUUUAUGCUGUGCAUGGAAUCCCCAGUGCCUGGACUGUAAGCUAUGAGAACUUAUUUGUGUCUUGCUCAUUAAUGUACGGAGGCAAGGAGCUGUGUCAACGGGUGAAGACAGAAGAAAUUUCCAUCACAAGAUCUCCCCUUUUCGUUCUGGCUAGGUGGAAUCAGAGAAUACACAUGCCCAUUGAAAUUGCACAAUUGCCUUGUGAGACAACUCUCAACCUGACAUUGUAUGGAUAUCGUACCACCACUGGGAACUUAACUGAUACCAGCAGGCACUCCAAAAAUGCUGAAUGCUUAGCAAGUGUCUCCAUGCCUCUCUACAGCUCUAAACUAGUGUUGGUCCAUAGUACAAAGCUAUUGUGUCUCAUCCCAGCCAAUGCUAGCCAAGCAGACAGCUUGAUCCUACAGAUAAAUUUUCCAGCCUCACUCUUGGUCAUGUUUUCACGACCUGCUCCUGCAGACCACUGGCACUCUGUCACCAAUAUAGAUGAAGUGUCCAGAAAACAGAUUACGAACAUCCAACAGAAACAUUCUCUGCUUUUGAUUGAAGAAGAAGAGAAAAACUUGCUCUGGACAAAACGUUCAUUCUGUAACAGUUCAAACUGUUUCCUUCCUCUCUUACUGGGCAGUGCACCUAGCUGUGGUUCAGAUUCACUGUCUGAGAGUUAUGCAGUGCUCAGGAGGUGGAACAUUUCAGCAAACCCUUUGGAGACACUGGGACUAUUGCUUUCAAGCUUUUCAGAUCAAGAGAUUCGUCAGACUGCAGCCCAGCAGAUUGGAUCUAUCCCGGAUGAUGAGUUGUUAGAUUAUCUGCCGCAGUUAGUUCAGGCAGUAAAAUUUGAAUGGCAUCUUAAUAACCCCCUUGUGGAACUUUUACUCAAUCGUUCAAUCAGGAAUAUUCGAGUUGCACAUCAUUUGUACUGGUUAUUGAAAGAUGCAUUGGCAGACUUUCAAUUUGAGGGUAGGUACAGCCAGCUGUUAACAGCUGUGCUCUGUUGUUCAGGACAAGCCAUGCGAGAAGAAUUUGACAAAGAGACCAAGCUUGUCGAUAAAUUGGCUGAGGUAGCAGAGAAGAUCUGGGCAGCUGACCAAUCAAAGCGUUCGACUUUAUUAGUGAAAGAGAUUGAAGAAUUAGACAAAUUCUUCUACCAGGAACAUGUCUGCCGCCUGCCAUUGAAUCCUGUAUUUGCGGUCAAAGGUAUUGAUGCCAAUGCAUGUUCAUAUUUCACGUCAAAUGCUGUUCCUCUGAAAAUUUCUUUCGUAAACGCAGAUCCUUGGGGCGAAAAUAUAAACGUGAUAUUCAAGUCAGGAGACGACCUUCGACAGGAUAUGCUUGUUCUGCAGCUGGUUAAAGUGAUGGACAGGAUCUGGUGCCAGGAGGGGCUGCAUAUGAGCAUGAUCAUCUAUAGGUGCAUAUCAACAGGAAGGGGAAGAGGCUUGGUGGAGAUGAUCCCUGGUGCCACAACACUUGCCAAGAUCCAUAUGAAACAUGGUAUCAUUGGGCCACUCAAGGAGAACACUCUUUUAAAAUGGUUCCAGGAACACAACCCCUCUGAAGAACAGCACAAGAAUGCUGUGGAAAACUUUGUAAACUCCUGUGCAGGCUGGUGUGUUGCUACAUUCAUUCUGGGUAUCUGUGACCGUCACAACGACAACAUAAUGCUGAAAACCACAGGCCACAUGUUCCACAUAGACUUCGGAAAAAUACUGGGUCAUGCUCAAAUGAUCGGAAGCAUGAAAAGGGAUCGUGUUCCUUUUAUAUUUACAUCUGAAAUGGAGCACUUCAUCACAGAAGGUGGAAAAGAUGGAGCUCGUUUCCAGAUGUUUGUGGACCUGAGCUGUCGGGCUUACAACAUCAUUCGACAACACACUCAACUCUUGAUGAAUCUACUCGAAUUGAUGCUGUCAGCUGGACUUCCUGAGCUGGCUGAGGUCCAGGACCUGAAGUACGUUUACAAUAACUUGCGACCAAAGGACUCGGAUGCACAGGCCACCUCUUACUUCACAAGCUUGAUAAAGGAAAGCCUGAGAAGCCUACCGGUGAGAAUUAAUUUUGUCGCCCACAUCUUAGCGCAGAUGAAAUUGGCAGGGCCAGGUGUCCAGCCAGGCCUGUCCUUUGCACCAGAAAAGUAUACAUUAGAGACAGACGGUCUAAUAAGGUGUGUGGCAGUGUGUGGUUAUGAGAAGAAAAUUGUUCCCCAUAAGGAUUAUUUUUAUAAGAUACAAGUAGAACGAGAAGGGCAGAGUCAGGCUACCUUCAUUGAAAGAAACUUCAACCAAUUUGAUGAGCUCAACAAACAGCUCCACUGCUGCUUUCCAGCAUCAGAGUUACCGAGAUUUCCUUACAAACCGCUGAUUGGACUAUUUAAAGGAAGGGAAUUAGCAAGGAAAAGAAAGGAUGAGUUGAAUAUGUACGUGAAGUAUUUGCUGCAUAGUUCACCUGCUGUUGCAAAGAGUGAUCUUGUCUACACAUUUUUUCAUCGUUUUCCCAAUGACGAAAGACCCUCUGUGUUGCCAUCCCCAGCAGCCGUAUCUCACACUGGGAAACUAUCAGCAAGCACACAACUCUGCAUCUCCUGGGAGAACGGCAAGCUGUCUGUGAUGGUGAAGCAUGUCAAAAACAUUGUACGUACAUAG